GUUCCUCAUUGCUGGUAGCGACACCACGGCCAUGACCGUCGCCUGGUGUCUCUACUAUCUCGCACUAUAUCCUGAAAUACAGAACAGUGCCCGUGUUGAGGUGGAUGCUCUCGGCCAUGAUCCCAAUACCAUGGAGGACCUCGGCAAGCUGGUCUUCGUUAAGUGUUGCGUACUCGAAGCUCUCAGA